UCUCUGUUAUCUAUCUAUGUCUUAUGAAAUCAUGGAUGAAGCCGCUGAUGUCGACAUGCCUUCUGAUGAGGUAUUAUUCAACGAGGCAUCCACAGAUGAUGCAGCCAGUGUCAGAGAAUUCACUAAAAACGUAGUGCAGAAAUGGAGAGAAAGAUUUGAAAAAGGCUUGCUGAGUUCCAUUCAUUUUGAAGUACUCUGGCGAGUGUGGGUGCCCAAAAUCUACAGCCCUUCACCUAAUGAGAGUUGUUUGAAUUGGAAUUUCAAUGAGGAUUUAGCCCAAGAUAUCUUACUCAACACAUUGGACGAGUUUAUUUGUAAUGGAGAUCCUACUACUGUCCUCAAGCAGCUCAGUGAUUUGGAUAAAGCGCCAUCGGUUUGCGGUAGGGUUUUCAAGUUCGGCGAACCCACUUAUUCGUGCAGGGAGUGCGGAAUGGACAAAACCUGCGUAUUGUGUGUAGAAUGUUUCAAAAACUCUGAACAUCGGCGGCAUAAAUAUAAAAUGGGCACCUCUGGCGGAGGAGGUUGUUGUGAUUGUGGUGAUGUGGAAGCCUGGAAGAAAGAACCUUUCUGCUCAAUUCACAUUGUUGGAGUUGGCAAAGAACAGCAACGCAGAAGCCUACCAGAAGACAUCAAAGAGCGCACUAGAAUCGUAUUUGAAGCAGUCAUUUGGUAUGCUUAUCGCCUAUUGAGUACAGAGCAAGUAGCCGACAUUAGGUUGGGAGGAAGUUCUGAUAACUUUUUCGAUGUUGAUACCUAUUGCACUAUACUAUAUAAUGACGAAGUUCAUACGUUUGAACAAGUUAUCAGCACGCUGACCAGGGUGCUCAAAUGCAAUCAGAGGAGUUCAACGGACUAUGUGACGAACAUAGACCGAGAAGGCAGGGCAAUUGUCAAAUGCUCUUGCUAUCAGCACUGUUUCGAACUGAAGCAGGAAAUUGAAAAGUAUACUUCAAGACAUGGAAACAAACCCCUCAAAGUCUUGGUUAGCCACGCACAUGUAAUUGCCCAUCAGAUUUUUGCCAUGCGGUUGCUAACAUGGUUAGAGAAGUUUUUGGGACAAGGCGAAGGAUUUCGCGCCAUUUUUGCGGAAGUUGUACUGAAGCCACAGGUUAUGGAGCCGUGUAUCAUCAAAGGCAUAUUACAACGUGACUCAACUUUGUGGAAGAGUGCUAGGACUCAGUGGCACAGACUUUUAAUUUCAGGGAUGCUGCUCGAGUAUGAGAACAAGAAGGCAUUCGCAAAAAUCUUCACGAAAAACUAUGGGCAAGUAAUGAAGGACUUUGGCAAGGAUGAUCACGAUCAUACGUUUUCUAUAGCUUCACUCUCCGUUCAACUUUUCACUGUUCCCACGCUUGUUCACAAUAUCAUUGCUAAUGAUGACAUUCUUUAUAUCCUGCUGAAUACUUUUAUAUCUGAGUGUACAAGGAAGUGUAAUAAGGCUGGGAAGUUAGAGUUUGAAAGAAGUCCAUCAAGUACUUUCAAGAGGGCAUUGUACAUGCUGUAUGAUCUGAAAUAUUUACUGAGUGCUAUUCCUGAUGAGUGGACAGAUGAUUUAAGGCGGGCUUUUUUGCAUGGUCUUUCCCUGAUCCUGACUAUUCUUACUAUGAUGCAGGGAAUGGAUGUAGUCACUCGACAGGUUGGCCAACACAUGGAAUACGAGCCUGAAUGGGAGUCAGGAUUCAACCUUCAUAUAAAACUGGCCUACUGCAUAUCACUCGCAAUAGAAUGGUGUGGAUCAGACAAAGUGGUACUCAUUAAAGCAUACCGCAUGGUACUCAAUAAACUGGAGAACAAUCCCUGCUAUGAACCAAAUGAAGCUGGAGAAGUUCGCGAAUUAGCUGACCACAGUACAGCGUGUCUACAUUAUGAUGUAUCAACCAAACCUGUUUCCAUACACCUGCCACUCACCAGAUUCCUGGCAGCCUUACACUUAUGCCUGGAAAAGUAUAACCUCCAUUUCGACUCCGUGGAGUUUCAAAUAUCUAAACCGACCCCAGUUCAAAUUAUGGAACCUGUUCUAAGAGCACAAGUCAUGAUAGCCCAAGUGAAUGCUGGUAUGUGGAGAAGGAAUGGCUAUGCUCUCCUAAAUACGUUAUUCUUCUACCACAAUGUCAAGUGCCGCACGGAGAUGCUGGAUAGGGACAUUACGCUGUUGCAGAUAGCCGCUUCUCUGAUCGAAAGUAACGAGUUUCUUAUUCAUGUCUUGAACAAGUUUAACCUGAUCAACUGGGCGAUGCCCGACUAUGAAAUCAAUAGCUUGAAAUUGUCAGAAGAAGACAGCAUCAGACAGACAAUCAAUUUGGUAGAGGAAUUGAUGCAUCUGCUGAUUGUCAUCGUUGGGGAACGAUAUAUGCCUGGCGUUAGUAAUGUAACUGUGGAAGACAGGAUCCGGAAAGAAGUAAUCCAGCACUUGUGCAUAAAGCCCCUCCCACACUCAGAGUUGAUUAAAACUAUCCCGGAUGAUUUGACAUCCAGAGAAGUUGCUGUUGACGAAGUUAUUCAGGAACUCGCCGAAUUCAAAAAACCCGUACAUGGAACAGGCAAAGGUGUUUAUGAACUCAAGGAGCAAUAUUAUGAUGAAUUCAAUGUAUUUUUCUAUCACUACACCAGAGAGGAGCAGUCCAAGUCAGAGGAAACUCAAAGAAACAGGCACAAGGCCAAAGGAGAACUCGAGUGUUGCCCUCCUCCGAAAUUGCCGAAAUUGAAUGAAUCAUUUGGUCUUCUAGUAAAUUUGCUUCAGUGCGAUGUGAUGCUUCACAUCAUGCAGACUGUUCUUGAAAG